UACAAGCGUCCAUUGAUACAGACAUCCGGGUGAAGACGUAAACAAGAAUUACUGGAAAGCAUUCAGCAGUGUUAAAGAUUUACAUUUCUGUCAUAAUGGCUUUUCUGAACUCAAAAUCAUUAAUUGUUUGUUCUAUUCUGAUCGUGCUGUGCGCUGUGUUAUACAAAAAGCGAUCUGCCGAUUUGCUACAGGAGAAAUUGGGACGGGUGUUGCAUGGUCUUCUGAGAGCCGAGAAGAAAGUUGGCGUAGAAAGGAACACAAGAAUUGCACUUGGCUUUGGUGGCUGUGAAGAUAUAUUUGCAAAUGUCCAAGAAGUUCUUGAAAAAUUAGAUUAUACCGUCCCAGAUGAUCCUGCACAUGUGAAGGAUAUAACAUCAGCAUCAGAUUUUGUUAGAAUUUUUACCUAUUUCUUUGGUGAAGGUGCUGCAGCAGAGCGCUAUGUAGAGAAUGCAACACUAUUUGCUGAGGUAGCUGCUGCAGCUAGAGAUGUUCCUUCUGCUCGUUUGGCUCUUGGAGGAAAUGCUCCUGCAAUGGCACGAAGGCUUGCUAUAGAAGGGGCAGAAAUUCUCCUUGCAGCAAGAUUCACAGAGCAAACUAGGAAACAGCUUCCAGAGUCAAUAAGAGUUUUAGGGAAACCUUUAGAUGUUGAUGAGCUCCACCUUGUGUUAGAAUACAGUGCUGGUAGUAAAUGGGGUAACUAUACAGCUUCUAGAGCCAACAGGUUUAUAAUACACAGUGAUAAAAGUAAUCCAUUUUUGGAUACAUUAGAAGAUCUAGAAAUGGAGUUACCAAGUUUUGAUCCCUCAGUUUUGGUUGUUGGUGGGUUACAGAUGAUGGAUAACUUCCCAUUUAAAGAAGGUUACAGAGAAGAGAGACUGAAGAAACUGAAUGAGCUUUUGAUAAAGACUGAUCGUUCAACAAAGACCCAUUUUGAACUGGCAUCAUUCAGUGAUGCUACAUUGAUGAAGGAGAUAGUAGACAGCGUAGUUUAUCAAUGUGAUUCUCUGGGUAUGAAUGAACAAGAGUUACCUAACUUGGUGAGUAUUUUAACCAGUGGAGAGAUAGCUCUGAUAUCUGAUUCUCGUCCAAGGAUAGCCACUGUUCUAGAUCAAAUGAGAACAGUUUUUAACCUGUUAAAAGACACUGAUGAGUCUAAUGGUAAGAGAAAGUUAACAAGACUGCAUGUUCACACACUAGCUUACCAGGCAAUCUUAACAAAGAAAGGUUCAGACUGGAAGAACACAAUGUCAGCAGCAGCUAAAGCUUCACUUACUGCAAACAGACAUGUUUGUGGAUCCAAUUAUAUUGAUACAGAAAAAGCUAAAUUAUUGAUGGAUGAGUCAUUUUCAACGAGCACAAGUGAAGAUUCAGCGGAUAGAAUACCACUAGAGGAGCAGAGACCGGUGUCAUGCUGGUCAGAGGAUGAGUUUGAUAUCUGUCUCGCCCCCGUACUUGUAUGUACGGAGGUACUUCAGACAGGAGGUGGUGGUGACAAUAUCUCAUCAGCAGGACUCCUUUAUCAAAUAUAACAGCUUUUGUACAGAAGACAAGCCAAAAAUCGGAUCACAGGCAAUAAUUGUUUAUACAGCUUUAAUGUGAUUCUUGUAAUUUUUGUACAUGUAUAUCUAUCUUUUUUGAAAAGCAAGUCAUUUAUUUUUAUACUAUUUAUUAAAUUCAGAAAACAUUUUACCAUAGUCAUUUCUUACCUCUUUAAUUGUUAUAUUUAGAAUGUUUAAAGUUUCCAAUUACUUAAAAGAUAUAAAAAAUACCUAAAACAAGCGAGUGUUGUAAAACAGCUUUUUGAUACAUAUAGUUCUUGUUUUAUGUCAACAAUUAACAAAAAGAUGUCAUAAAAGUAUAGGAAAGUUUUUUGAGAAACACAUUCAUUUUGUUGUCUGAAACAAUUUGUAUGAAGAUAAAAAGUUUUGAUUUUUGUGUGUGUUUUUAUACCCUCUUUUCUCUGACAGGUCAGCUUAUUAACAUGUUUAAUGUAAAUAAAUCUUUUUUCAUUUUUCCCCAAUCCAGUUAAGAAAAUGACAAAUAUUUAUAUUCUAUUUUGGAUUGAAAUUAUAUCUUUUGAUUGUCAUAAUAUUUUACUAUUUUGUGAAUAUUAGCAUUUUUUUAUGAAAACUGCCUUUUUAUUCAAUUAAAUGAAGUAUUAUAGAACCAUUAAAACAUAAUAGUGCUUUUAUGUUGAUAUGUUCUUUACAUUUUAAUAAGCUUUUUAAGCUGACAUCUAGAUUAAUCUUUGAAAUCCAUAAGUUGUAGAAGUAUUUAAAUACAUGUAUUAACUGAAAUUGCUCAUUUUUUAAGUGUCUAAGUGAUCCAUUUGAUUUUCUUAUUAUGACUUUUUAUAAUGUGAAUAAUAAUUUUUCUGCCAUAUAAAUUUCAUGUCAAUUUGUAUUUCUGUAAAAUUUCUAUUAUUUAUAUGUAACAAUUUGAUAUAAAAUAUGUAAAUGUGAUAAAAACAUACUUGAUCUUGCAUCAGUUAUUUCCCGAGCGCCGGCGUCAGUGUCAGCGUCUGCGUCGGCGUAACCACUUAUGUUAAAGUUUUUGUAAUAGUUCAAAUAUUUUCAAAGUCCAUUGACAUAUGGCUUUGAAACUUUGCACACUUGUUCACCAUCAUGACCCCAACCUGUAGACAGGAGGAGGUAACUCUAUCAAGCAUUUUGACAAAAUCUUGUCCCUUUUUAGCUCGACUAUUCGAUAAGAAUAAGUAGAGCUAUUGCAGUCACCCGAGCGCCGGCGUCAGUGUCGGCGUCGGCGUAACCACUUAUGUUAAAGUUUUUGUAAUAGUUCAAAUAUUUUCAAAGUCCAUUGACAUAUGGCUUUGAAACUUUGCACCUUGUUCACCAUCAUGACCCCAACCUGUAGACAGGAGGAGGUAACUCUAUCAAGUAUUUUGACAGAAUUAUGCCCCUUUUUCGACUUAGAAUUUAUGUUAAAGUUUUUGUAAUACCUUAAAUAUUUUCCAAGUCCAUUGACAUAUGGCUUUGAAACUUUGCACACUUGUUCACCAUCAUGACCCCAACUUGUAGACAGGAGGAGGUAACUCUAUCAAGCAUUUUGACAGAAUUAUGCCCCUUUUUCGACUUAGAAUUUAUGUUAAAGUUUUUGUAAUACCUCAAAUAUUUUCAAAGUUCAUUGACAUAUGGCUUUGAAACUUUGCACACUUGUUCACCAUCAUUACCCCAACCUGUAAGCAGGAGGAGGUAACUGUAUCAAGCAUUUUUUUUUUUUUCAAGCACUAAGAAUAGUCGAGCGUUGCUGUCCUACCGACAGCUCUUGUUAUAUAUAUUGACUUCUAUUAAUCAACUCCGGAAAACCUGUGACGAAUUUUAUAAUGGAUGAUUUUAAUGGAAGUUUAUAUGAAAUAAGAAUAAAUAAAGAUUUGAUGUAUAACAAUUUAUAAAUAAAUGUGCACCUCCCCCUCCCCUCUCACCCCUGGCAAAGGAAUUUUGUGUGUGAUUCACCUAUGAAUUAUAUGUAUUUGCUAUAUAUACAUGUAGAGAUGAUGAUAUCAUGAUUUGUUUAUAUUAACAUGUAUCUCGUAUAAAAAGAUAAUGUAAAUUAUAGUAAUUACAUUGAAAACAAGCAAGAUUAUCUGAAAUAAUGUCUUUGUUUUCUUUGUUUUAUCAUACAUUGACAACAAUACAGCUAGUAACAAUGACUGAAAACUUAUUUUCAAGUGUCAAGUGACUGAUAAAAUCAGUUUUAAUUGAAAUGA